GAACACUGCAAUGAUAGUAGGAAUUACUGUUGGAGUCUUGAUGCUACUACUUAUUGUCAUUCUCUUCAUAGUUGUCAUAAUAAAGAAGAAAAAAGAAAAGAUUGGGUCAUCAAACAAUAAUGCAACAGCAAAUGUUAAGGAAGACGAACAGAUGGAACUACAAAAAGUCACUCCCAGAAAUGAUCAUAAUAAAAAACCAGAAGGGGCACUCUUUAAAAAUAACAGCCAGAUCAAAUCUCAAGAAGUAACUCCAAGAGCUGAGGUAAUUGAAGAGUAUAAAGACAACGAAGAUGAUGUUGACCUCUCUAGCGAGGCUUUACCAACACAUGAAACACAUGAGGAAAAUGUCAACCCAAUGAGGAUGGUCAGCCCUAUGAGACACAGCAAUGAACUGAACAUUCCUAAUUAAGUUACCCCUGCAAGGAGGGCUAAUGCAUAUAGAUGGUGAAAAGAAACUACCGAAGAGACACAAGAGGAAUAAGAAAAAACUAAAGGGAACUCAAGAACUGGACUGAAUGUUGAUGAAGUUGAGGAAAAUGAUGAAUUUAAACUGAAAACGUUUCAUUGAAAUGGUAUUUCAGCCAUGAUUAAGAGCGAGUGGGUGAUUCCAUAGGCUUGUAACAUCAGCCAAAAAUGAAAUAUCAUUCAUAUAAAAAUAAAUAUGCCUUAGUUUACAAGCCAAUGUGACAUGAGCAGCUAAGAUUGAGGAUAACUUUAAAGGAUCAUUACAUUGUAAAUCAUACAACGCUAGUAAGUUGUACACAACACAUUAUUUUUAAAACAAAAUUGUAUAACAAAGUCAGAUUAAAAUGGAAGGAGACAGGCAUGUAUAGCUAAUUUGAAUUAAUCUAUGAGUUUUUAAACUACACACUUAAAUUAAAACUUACUUUUUGUGUGGCUGGUUUCAGUUCAUGUCCAACUGUAGUCAACAGCCACUUUAAUGCUGAAACAUAUAAAACUUUUAAAUCAGCAGUCAGCACAUAGAAUCAAAAUCAGGUAGAGAUACAAUUAUUACGGUUCUUUUGAUUGAAAUUGAGAACCAGCCUUUAUCUAUAUGAAUCAUAUAUCAUAAUAUAAAUGUUUCAAUUACACUGUAUAUUCAAUUUUACUUUUCAUUCCUUGAAAAAAUUCAAAAUCAAUUUACAAUUCAUACCUGCCAGAGAAUCACUGCACAACUUGGAGGAUCCUUUGGAGAUUCCCAUUAGCUUUGAGGGAUUUCCUUGGGCCAUCCCUGAUGA